UGCAAUUAAUUGUCAUUUAAUUGUCUUUUGAUUUACAUUUUUGUCUGAUUUGUCUGUCGUUUCGGCCGAUAGACUACCGGCCCCUCCGAUGGGUCGCAAAGACAUAAUGCCGGAGUCGGCGAGUCGUCAGAUAGCGGAGGGCGUCCGCGAAGACGAGUUCGGCGCCAAAGACUACACGUUAGACGUGACUCUGCGCGACGACUAUAUGUCACGUCCGCUUUGGGUCGCACCCGACGGACACAUAUUUCUCGAGACUUUUUCGCCCGUCUAUAAACACGCCCACGACUUCCUCAUUGCCAUCGCUGAGCCGGUCUCCCGUCCCGAACACAUGCAUGAGUACAAACUGACCGCGUAUUCACUCUACGCGGCCGUCUCUGUGGGCCUUCAGACCAAAGAUAUUGUUGAAUAUUUGCGGCGUUUGAGUAAAACAACAAUUCCUGACGGAAUCGUUGAGUUUAUUAAUCUCUGUACCAUAAGCUAUGGUAAAGUGAAACUAGUGUUGAAACACAACCGAUAUUUUGUUGAAUCGCCGUUUGCUGAAGUGAUACAAAAGCUGCUAAAAGAUCCCGAAAUACAGAACUGUCGGCUCAGACGCGAUGCGGACACCGAAGCGGACGACGGGCUCAUUGUCUCGUCGAAGGACAAUAAAGCGAGUGAUAGUAAAGCCGCCGACGGGACGGACGGCGCGGCGGCCAAAGAGGGCGAGGAUUUAAGUAAAGUUCCCGACGAUAUCGCCAACUAUUACGAGAAGAUGGAGAGAGACGACGACGACGCGGACGACACGAAGAUUGUGUCCUUUGAAGUGAAUCAGUCGGAGAUCGAGAAUCUCCAGAAGCGUUGCAUUCAAUUGGAGUAUCCAUUGUUAGCCGAAUAUGACUUUAAAAACGAUACAUUGAAUCCCGAUAUCAAUAUGGACUUAAGGCCGACCGCAUUCCUCAGACCCUAUCAGGAGAAGAGUUUGCGCAAAAUGUUUGGCAACGGGAGGGCCCGCUCUGGUGUGAUAGUGCUUCCGUGCGGUGCCGGCAAAUCGCUGGUCGGUGUGACCGCCUGUUGCACCGUUAAGAAGCGGUGUCUCGUUCUCUGCAAUUCUGCCGUUUCUGUUGAACAGUGGAAAACACAAGUGAUUAUUAGCUGCUUAAGAAAC